CGUCAUUGACAAGUCAAACAAAAUGGCGAUUAUUUUCAGCAAAUUUUCAGGUGUCAAAGAAAGUAAAUAGAAGUUGAAUUAUUUCAGUCAAGGAGCGAGAAUUCGUUCAGGUUUCUUGUGUGAAAUGUGUCAAUCGGAUGAUUUUUGCUAGAAUUGGAAUUUCAUGGAUCAUCCGGUUUAUUACCGCUUCGCCCAAACGAAUGGGGUCCCCCAGGAGUCCAAACUGGCCAAUUACAUGAACAUUCAAAACUCCAAUUUGCAUCAGGCGUUUCAAAGCAAGUUGAAUAUCGAGUCGAAGAAGCCCCAAUGUGUCGCCGGGGCGAGUCUCGUGUCCAGUGCUCCAGCUUCACCCAAUAUUUUCAACUCGUUCACCCCGACCCUGGACCCAUCGCCCAUUCGAUGCGUUUCGAGUGGUAUUGACCACCCAGAAAAUUCCACUUCACCCAAUCGCUCCUCACCCAUGUCUGAUGCAAAUAACAUUGCUGUUGCGGCAUAUCAGGAAAAUGUCGGCGGGACGACAUACUUUUACCCUACCACUUCGGAAACCUGUCACGCCACUGAUGUCGCGGUUAGUAAUCUGCCCUCGGAAUACAAUGUCUACCCCGGUACCCCCAACCAUAUUACAUCACUCAAGUCCAAGCAAAGCGCCUCGUUUUUCAUAUCAAAAGACCUACAAUUGGAGCUGAUGAAUCGCAAUGCGUUGACACUCAUGCAGGCCAAUCAGCAGUAUGCAGACUUGCCUCAAGUGGAGAAUUACCACGAGUUGUGCCCCCUGGAACGUAUCCCGAGUAAUUCGCUUCAUAAGACACAUUUGGGGUACCAAGCAUCCAUGUACAAAGCGAUUCAUACUAAAACCGGUACGCCGUAUUGCUUGAGACGGCUACAUGGGUUUCGGCUCCAGAAUGCCAAGUGUAUGGUGGUGGUUGAUUUGUGGAAAAAUUUGAAUCAUUCCAAUAUUGUACAGUUACAAGAAGUUUUCACUACUAAAGCCUUUGGAGAUAAUUCAUUGAUUUUUGUUUAUGAUUAUUAUCCCGGAUCGGAGACACUUCUUAGUAAGUAUUUUUCGUCUGAUCAGCCCGAUCCCUUCGCCCCCGACACGUCCCCUAGACCUUACAGCCAUCAGAAAAACAGUAUAUUACGACACCAACAAAACAACAAACUUCCGGAAUUUUUAAUUUGGAAUUACAUCAUUCAGCUCACUUCCGCUUUACGUUUGAUACAUUCGUCAGGCUUGGCUUGUCGUAGUCUCGAUCCGACGAAAAUAAUCAUCACGUCAAAAAAUCGUUUAAGAUUGAGUUGUUUAGGUGUUAUGGAUGUAGUUUUGAAUGAAAACAGUGCAUCGGUAAAUCCCCUAGCCUUAGUCCAGCAUUACCAACAAGAGGAUUUGACAGCUUUGGGUAAAUUAGUUUUAGCUUUAGCGUGCAAAUCAACGGUGGCUGUGCAAAGGGAGAAUAUAUCCACAGCUGUGGAUAUCAUCAGUCGUUCAUACACCAGCGAUCUUAGAAAUUUGAUCAUGUAUCUGUUAUCGCCACAACAGAGGAAAAGCAUCACGGAUUUGAUGCCGAUGAUUGGGGCGCGAUUUUACACCCAAAUGGACAAUUUGCACAGUUAUAUCGAGGUUUUGGAGUAUGAGUUGUCGAAGGAGAUUGAAAAUGGGCGGCUUUUUAGACUUAUGACCAAGUUGGGGACGAUUAACGAGCGACCUGAAUUGAAUAUGGAUGGGGCUUGGGCCGAGACAGGUGACAGAUACAUGCUCAAAUUAUUUAGGGAUUAUGUCUUUCAUCAAGUGACAGAGGAUGGCCGUCCUUGGGUCGAUAUGGCACAUAUAGUACAAUGUUUAAAUAAAUUGGAUGCUGGAGUCCCUGAAAAGAUUUGUUUAAUGUCGCGAGACGAACAAAGCAUGUUAGUGGUGUCGUAUGCCGAGUUAAAACAUUGCCUCGAACAAUCAUUUCAUGAAAUUCUAAAUGCUUCACCCGUUAAAAAAGACCUGAUUGAGUGUGAAAACGAGAAAAAAGUGUAAAAUGUUUGCAAUAAUUAAGUACUUUUUGGUGAAUUUUGAAGGUUUUAUUUUUUUAUAUUAUUGUGAACAUUUCAAACAACAAUCUUUUCCAUCAAGAAUUUUUAAGAAAUAUUUUUUCUAUGUUGUAUUUAUUUAUAAGAGUAAAAUAAAAGGAAAAAUGUG